AUGGCUGUCACUAACUCCUCCAAAAGUUGGCGACUAUCCGAUGACAACGAGCCCUGUUUCCUAGCAGGAUUCCAACAUUCGGCGCCCUAUACUACGAUUAAAAAGGGAAAGUUCAAGGGGUUAAUUGACAGCAGGCCGCUGCGCUGUCGAUACCAUUCUGUUGAUCGCAAUUUUUGUGUUUGUGGGUCUCUACCAUUAGUCUCUAGUCCGCUGCGCAAAUGCUCUCCAUCUUUUCCCGAGAACGUUUUCGGGCAGAUAGAAAGCGUAAGCUUACGCCCAUCCUCCUCCUCGAGCUCUUCGAGUUCUUCCAGCUCCUUCCCAUCACUGACACUUUCGUAUUUCACCAAAGUUGGGCGCCCUAGACAGUGGAGUUACAAAAAGUCUCACAUAGGGAAGGAGAAUGAAAUCAGCGAGAAAAAUAUCUCCUAUACGGACCACAAGGCUUCGAGUCUGUCAAAAACGACGUCCGGCAAAUCACAAACUAAGAACAUAUCUGAGCUCAUGGAUUCACUCAACACUGACACAUCCACCGCUCUGGACGGAUCACCAAUUGGCGAAGGGAAUAUCAUCAAGUUUGUUUCGGGAUCAGACAACAUGUUCAACAAAAAGCUGAUGAGUUUGCUCCAUAAAGAUAAGGAGAUGAUCCACGAAGGCCUCGAAAGGAAUAGCCACAGCUCUGCGCCAAGCACACCCAAUCUUCCUAAACAGCCAAACACUUAUUCGAAUAUAUCGUUUCAAACCGAAACUAAGGAGGGCGGUCUUGACAAACUUCGUUGUCGUCCUUGUGGAAAGAAGAACAAAAUACUCUUGAACUAG